CCUCAGCUGCGGCUCGUCUCUGAAAACUAAUUAUGGGAAUCACUAAACUGUCUGAUUUAAUCCGCUCAAGCGCUCCUGGUGCGGUUUCUUACAAGGAUAUCAGUGAUUAUACAGGAAAAGUGGUUGCUCUGGAUACGUCUGUUGUUUUGCAUCAGUUUCGAGCAGCAACGCCCUCACUCAGCCCCAUCACUGGUCUCUUCUUCCGCACACUCAAAUUCCUGGAACAUGACAUAAAGCCAGUCUUUGUAUUUGAUGGAACCCCCCCUAAAGAAAAGACACCCGUUCUUGAGAGGCGAGCUGAGGCAGCUGGUUGGAGCUUCAAACCUCCGGGGAUAGCAUCAUCUCGGACCAGAUCAUGUCUAGAGCUCCUGAAGCAUCUGGGUGUUCCUGUCAUCCAGGCUCCAGCGGACGCCGAGGCGAUGUGUGCACGGCUGGUGCGAGACGGGACUGCCGACGCAGUGGCAUCAGAGGACAUGGACACGCUGCCCUUUGGGGCUAAUGUUCUUAUUCGUCAACUGAAUGCUAAAAGAGACAGUGAAGUUGUUGAAUACUCCUUACCCAAGCUGUUGAACAACCUUCAGAUUAGUCACGAGGAGCUGGUUGACCUCUGUAUUUUGCUGGGCUGUGACUACUGUGACAAGAUCCCUGGCCUGGGUCCUAAGAGAGCUCUGAGCCUGAUCCAGAAUCAUCAUACUAUUGAGAACGUGGUUUUGCACAUUAAUAGACAGACCCAUCCAGUCCCACAUUUCUGGAAAUACAAAGAGGCAAGGAAGAUUUUCUUGGAGGCACCACAGACCACAGUUGCUGAACUCAUCUGGACCGAGCCGGAUGAAGAAGCCUUGGUCAGGUUCCUCUGUCACGUCAAUCAUGUCAGGGAGGAGAGGGUUCGUCAUCGAAUGAAGACGUUUCGUGACAGUCGAGAAAUUAGGCGAGCGGGGAGAGAAAAGGAGAAGACAGCAGGAAGUCACAGGCAGAGCCGGAUGGAGGACUUCUUUAGAGUUACUAGAAAAAGAGAACAAGCUUUGGAAGCUGACUCUUCAUUGGACGAAACCAAAAAGAAACGAAGAUGAAGAAGCUGUCAUCAUCUCCAGAUGACUGAACUGUUCUCAAAUUUCUCCCAAAG